CCAUCCGCCAUGACACAACUUGUUUGCUCGUUUUCUUUAAGGAUGAAGUGGUUUGUUGGAAACUACUGUAUCUCUGUUUAAUUGUUGAUUGUCACUUAUUAAAUUCAUAAUGAUAGUUAAAUUUAUUAUUUUGACAUCAUUAAGUGGCUUUCUUUUGUUUGUUAUUAUAAAUAAUAACGGGCUAAGUUUUAAAAAAUUGAAUGGACUCUUAGAAAAAGUAAAUAUUUUUCUUAUGAAUUUUGAAUUCGGAUACUUAAUUAAUACAAUCCCUUUAUUACGUGACAUUCUAGGCUCACGUGUGCGUUUGACUGAAAAGUUGUUUACUAAUGAAGAGCUUGCAACGUUCAAUGGGGAAAUUGGUAGCAAAGGAUUGUAUUUGGCAAUUUUAGGAAAAGUAUAUGAUGUGAAAAAAGGAAGUAAACAUUACGGCCCAGGUGGAAACUACCAUUAUUUUGCAGGUCGCGAUGGCAGCAAAGCAUUCAUCACAGGAGACUUUAGUGGCUCUGGCCCAGCCGACGAUGUGUUGUCUCUCCAGCCGGAGGAAAUGGCUGGCGUAAACCAGUGGCUCAGCUUUUAUGAGAAUGAGUACACGUACAAAGGGAAACUAAUAGGUCGGUAUUACAACAGUUACGGCAACCCCACGGAAUACCAGAAGCAAGUUAUCAAGACUCUACAGGACAUUGAUGGAGAAAAGAGGAGGAAUGAAGACUUGGAGCUGAAAUACCCUCCGUGCAAUUCUGAAUGGAACCGUGAAUCUGGAACUAGAGUGUGGUGCUCCAAGAUGAGCGGUGGCAUCAGGCGCGACUGGACUGGUGUGCCGCGGAUGCUGUAUUUGCCCGGCUCCGACUCGUACCGUUGUGCUUGUGUGAAGGAUCCGGAGGAUCCCAGCACCAGACGGAGCAGUCGGGAGUACCCGGGCUGCGAGCCUCGGUCAACCAGCUGCAGAGUGUUCACGUAGCAGUCGGCCAGUACUGGCUUUCAUUUACAAACUUGACAUUUUAAAAUGAUGUAGUAAAUUUAUAUAUAUUUUUUGCAGUAAAAUAAAAAGACAAUGAUUGUGUA